CCAACAUGGCCGCACAUCGUCGAUCAGUGAGAAAAUGUCAAUAGACUGUGUCUUUGAUUAACCGAAUCCCUGCAAUUGAACUCAAACGUAUUCACAGAAAUAGGUUAUUUCGAUUAAUAUGCACUGAAUUAAUUUAAGAAGAAUGACAGAUUCAUCUGACGACACAGUUCAUGAUCAGGACUUGUUUGUGGGCAGUGCACUAGCUUAUUGGGGCAACCUCCUGAUCAGCGUCUCCCUCAAUCUACAGAAAUUUACCCACAAUCGCAACCAAGCUCGAGAGGAAUCGAUCCACUACACCAAGGACCCACUAUGGUGGUUGGGGCUGAUCCUGAUGGGGCUGGGUGAGGUCGGCAACUUCACCGCCUACGGCUUUGCUCCCGCCUCGCUUGUAGCCCCACUUGGAACAACAACAGUUGUUGCCAACCUCUUUCUAGCUGCUGUUUUCUUGAAAGAAAAAAUCCGACCUGAACAUUUGUUUGGAUGUGCUCUGGCCGUUAUUGGAGCAUUUCUGCUGGUGACAUUCUCCUCUCGAAAGGAGAAGGUUUUAAAUGGGGAUGAAAUAGUGGCAGCCCUGACGCAAGUAGCAUUCAUAGUGUAUAUAGUCAUUGAGCUGGUGGGGAUCAUCGUCCUAUUUGUCCUGCUGUACAAACUGCAGAUGAAGCUGGUUGUCAUCUACAUUCUCAUCACCUCCAUCACAGCCUCCUUCACAGUCAUCUCGGCCAAGGCAGUGUCCAGCAUGUUGAAUCUGUCAUUUGCCGGAGCAUCGCAGUUUGCUCACCCCAUCUUCUACAUCAUGCUGAUCGUGAUGAUAGCCACUGCUGUAAUACAAGUCAAAUACCUGAACCAGGCCAUGAAGAACUUUGACUCAACAGUGGUUGUCCCCACUAACUUUGUAUUCUUCACAGUCAGUGCCAUUGUAGCAGGAAUUAUUUUUUAUAAAGAAUUCUGGGGAAUGAAUGCCUUGGAGAUCUGUAUGUUUUUAUUUGGAUGCAUACUGUGUUUUAUCGGAGUAUACUUCAUCACAGUAAAGCGUCCGGAACCUGACACAGAGAAGGCUCAAGCCCCACCUUCCCAAAUUGCACCAGAACUUUUCCCCUCAUGGCUGCUGGCGAGUGUCAACGUGGGUCAGGUCCAGCCAACAGGUGUCGCCACUCACGGGUCCAGCAUGGACCCGGACUGUACCCCUAUUCUCACAGCCAGGGACGGUGAAGCGUCCAGCUCCCAGGAGUCCCUGGUCGGACAUGAAAACUCGGCCAUAUCUGUUGACACUCAGGACAACAAGAACUAUGGCGCCACAGAGAACAACAACAACAACAAUAACAACAAUGAUAACAACAACAACUGAGGAGCUGGGUGGAUGUUGAAAUUGAACCAGAAAACAACACAAACAUACAGCCAUAGAUUAGAAAGAGAAAUUAUCUCUAAACAUUUUUCCCAAACAUUGCCAAAAUGGUGCAUAUGAAAGUUAUUCUAAUUCUGAGUAGAUUUAUCAACAUGUCAUUGGCUUGUCAUUGGUGAUCAUGCUGAAUUGAUAGCAGCUGCUUGUUUUCAUGUUGUUGUUUUAUUCUCUCAGAAGGGCUCCUGUGUGUCUUUUAGAGCACAGGCAAGUACUUUCGUCCAAUGGGGUGUCCCUAUUUUGGUCACGUAGACAACAUGUGUUUGUUGAUAAGGCACUGUGAAGUGUACUGUUUUAAGAGGCAUGAAAGUCUCCUGCUUCAUGAUACAUGUUCAUUCCAGCUGACACUCUACAGGCUGCUUUGAAUGUGAAUGGUAGAGACUUGUACAGCCUGCCCUGUACAGUCAGCUGAACCGAAGUAUUUGCCUGUGUUCCAUGAUACAAUGAGAACUUGUGGCAGUAAUUUAUGGGGAUAUAAAUGUUCUGUUUUGUGAAAAAAAGGGUUUAGUUGUGCUCUUUGUUUUCAUGACAUAUCCCCACAAAGUACUGACAGUUGUCCUAUAUCUAUUACAUAUCACUUGAUGUCAGUGCUAUCAUGAUUGUCUUUAUACUGGCAGGGAACUGCAAUGCCAAAAUAUAUUUGGGCAGUUUGUUAUGAGGUUGUUGGUUUAAAUGUGGAUGAGGAAUAUGUUGAUAGACAGAGUAGUAACAUGUAAUCAUGGUUCGUACAGGUAUUACCUGUGACGAGAUAUUUUAUACAGAAAGAUGAAACCGAAUUCGUUGUUGUCUCGCCGAUUAUUCUAAUACAUGUUUACACUCACAAUCAUGUGGUGUAAUCCUUCUACUCAUACCUGAAGUGGUAGUUCACAGUCCGUGAUUUCUGUUCAGUGUUGACCUGAUUAUCAGCACUGAGGGGACCGUUCUAGAAUGUGAGUGUUUUGUUCACUUCGCCGAUCAAAGAAAAAGCUGUACUGCGUUUUAGUCAUGAACGUAAAGUCUCAGAUUAAUUAUUCCUCACAUUCCCUCAGCGUGUAAUCAUUUAACACGGUUGCCCUUGUGGUAUAUCCAGUGCUGCUACCAGUGCUCUCAUCCAUAUUGCAUGUGUUUGUUUAAUGUUGGCAUGUGCUUCGUUAUGAGAUAGUAUUUAGCAUUCAAUCAAAUAUUGAACUGCUGGUAUUGAAUAUUGAACUAGUGCAAUAUGUAUGUUCAGUUCUGUUAAUUAUAGAGUUUUUGCAUUUACACAUUCCAGUAUAUAUUUGUUUCAGUUUUUAAAGCAUUAUCAUUCCUUAUUGCAUUGUCACUGUUUGAAUGCAAAAUAUGAAUGUUCUUGGAAUGGUCUGCUAUUUCUCAUGGUGUAGUACUCUUUUGGUCAGCUGACCUUGACCGUGGUUUCUUUGGGUCAGCUGACCUUGACCGUGGUUUCUUUGGGUCAGCUGACCUUGACCGUGGUUUCUUUGGGUCAGCUGACCUUGACCGUGGUUUCUUUGGGUCAGCUGACCUUGACCAUGGUUUCUUUGGGUCAGCUGACCUUGACCGUGGUUUGUCUUCCUUAAAUCGGACAUUAGUAAUCAAGCAAAAACAUUUUGCUAUUUUUCAAUAUUCCUCACAAGUCAUCGUGUGACACUGGUUAAGAAAUCUGUGAAACCAGAGGAAACAUUGGCCUGGCCAUUCAAUUACAGAUGGGCAGAUGUAUGGCCGAGUACCAUCAACUACUUUUUAUAAAUUACUUUUCAGUAUCAUAAUUUACAGAACGGUUUUCUAAAACUCAAUUUAAAUUUCAAAACUACUAGUAUACUGCCAAUAUUCCAUCAUUCAUAUUUCCACAAAUAUGUUUAAGGUUAUUUUUUCAAAGCAUACAUUGAUAUUAAUUGAAGAAAUCAUGACUGUGUUUGGCAUGUCUAUGUUAUCAAAGCCAGUAUCACUGAUAAUGUCCCGUUUUGUGUCCUUUACAUGUCUGUGGUGCUGUUCAACACGGCCAGUUGUCUGUUAUCCCAUAUCAUAGCCAAAGAUAUACCCUUUAUUCCAUGUCAGAGUAUUAACUGCAUUUUUCAUAUCUGAAUGAUUAUAUACGCUGUUGUAGAAAAGACAAACAUUGUGCUUGUAGCAUAUACAUCCAAUACAUCAACAUCUGUUUCCAAAUGAUCAAAUUUAUGAAGUGAAUCUGUAUUGCCCCCCAACUACCACUAGGUUGUAUUGAGGUUCAGCUUGCCAUCCACUGCAAAUAUUUGUAGCUUCUCACAUAUCAGCAGUAUUUCCGUAAUGUAUUUAUUCCGCUUAUUAGGUGAUGUGGCUACUGUUCUAUAGAGGGGCGGGGGGGUAGCCUGGCGGUCAAACUGUUCGCUUGUUCAAUUCCCCACAUGGGUACAAUGUGUGAAGCCCAUUUCUGGUGUCCCCCGCCAUGAUGUUGCUGGAAUAUUGCUAAAAGCUGCGUAAAACCCAAAUCACUCACUCACUGUUCUAUAGUAUUUCAGAUGCAGUUGACACUUAUCUCUCCAGUCUUUGAAAUGUCCCAUCUUAUUUUUAUCAGUAUGUUUCUAUCUCUUGCCAUGAUGUUUCAAAUGUACCUUGUUUUGUUGUCUCUUCCCAAAACCCACAUAGGGGUAUGGUAUUUUGUUUAUUUUGUCCUGAUACACUAACUGUGUGUGGUUUUAUAUAAACUGACAAUGGUUGUGAUGAUAUUUAAUUAGAACUGGUAUUCUCUCAAUGUUUUUGCCUCCCAAUGAUUCUGUAAAAGUUGUAAACACAGUAUUAGCAGACUUAAAUCUGAACCGAAGCAUGGCCAAGUUGGAUUCCAAACUUUCACAAAUUUAUUGGGGAUGUGAAGUUGAAAAGUGUACAAGGACAGGAGGUAUGAGGCUGCAUUGUUUGAUGACAGGUGGGUCUGGCUUCCUUGUUGUAUUACCGUAUUAGAUUUAUAGCUUUAUGACCCGAAGGUUGAAACAUUGAGAUUUGGAUAAACCAUGGUUUAAGGCGUUUCUUUAAAUGACAACGAUUUGUCUUCUCAUGUUGAUAUAUGACGGCAUAGGAUUCUUUGUUACUGAAAAUAUUUACAGACUCUUAAAUUUAGUUACACAUUAGUGAGUGGUUUUGAAACAAUUAUCAAAAGAAUACUGCUCUUCUUGCUUUGACAUAAGGAGCAUGGCCAGAAGAAGUCAUAAGGUAUUGGAGCAAUUAGAAGGAACAUUCGUCACCUCUUGUAUCCAUCCCCAUAAUGCAGUAUCUGGGAACAGUAUUAGUACUGACUUGCUUUGUAGCUUCACAGUGUACCAGUACUUGGAGGGGCAUGAUUUUCAACAUUUUUGGAAAAGCUUUGUGCUGACAUAUGCUCGAGCUAACAACUGCCAGAUUGUCCAUAAUGGGAAAUCUUUUGGUCCUACACACUACAGUGCAUUUUAAAUUUACAGUAUUACAGCAGUCUUUUUGUGGUGUUUGCAACGCUCAAAGUAAGAUGUAAACUCCAGCAUUUUAUUCACCACUGAUAGCACUCGAGUGUCAAGACAGAGACGUAUAGGGAUUACCGGAACACGCCAGUACGUCACAUCACUUGUUUCUUUGUCCACCUGCAGUAUUGCUGUUUAUGUAUUGUCCAUUUGUACACAAUGAAUAUUGAGUUCAAAGUCACGUGUUUGUGUGCUCUCAAAGAGAUGUGUGAUAUUGGCCAGUUAGACCCAUUGUUUGAAUUAUUGACAUACCAAUGAUUUUACAGAUUAUUAACACAAUGAAAAACAGUUUUAUUACUUUAUUGUUGUAUUUAAAGACUGUUUAAAUUUUGUGUGUGUAGUUCUGUCAAUAAGGGAUUUAUUGUCAAAAGGAUUUUAAUGGAGUUAUUGUAUAUUUUGGACCAAGCUGAAUUGGGAGAUGUAAUGCUAUCUUGUAUUAUGGUGUAGUAUUAUUGUGUUGAGAGUUUUUUUAUAUAAAGACCCUUUUUGUGCUGAGCACAUAAAUUUUACACACCCACCGGCUGCAAAUGCUUUUUACCGUGAUGGUACCUUGAAAAUUUGAAACAAAUUUCUUUCUUCCCUACCUGAAACCUACUGUUAAUAGAUUUGGGAAUUGUUCAAAUAACAGGACCACUUUCCUACUGUUGUCAAAUUCUCAUCUUCCCUUGGGUAUUUGGACAGUGGAUAUUGCAAUAUCAGAUGUACAAUAAUGUACUGUUGAUCAUUUCCUGAAGAGAAGUUAUGACGCAGAAUGAAUCUCAUGAAUGCCGUAGUGUCUCACAAGCAGAAAUCUGAAACAGAAGCAACCCCAAGAAUGCAGCUCAUCUCAUGUCUAGUCAUAACUUGAAGGUUGAACCACGCUCUUACUAUUGACCUGUGGUUUCUGUAGUCCAGGCCUGACCACAGUUUGCAGGUCAUGUUGAUACAGUUGUAACAUCGCUGAAAAUGUUGUUAAUGCAUAAUUUGUUAACCAUGACUGAUCUCAUGUUGACUUAGUAUUCAUGUGUGUGCAAUAAUCCCUGUCUAUGUAAGCUACAUGCCAACUCAUUUAUGAGCCAUUUAAAAGCCAUCCAAAAACAGUUUCUUGCACAUUUACAUUUUUGGCUGAUAAAAAUAAUAAAAUUUUAGUUUUUCAGCGGGGAAAAAUUAAUUUUUAUUUGUUUUCGUAUUCUUGAAAAAAUACGACCAGCGGAUCCAUAAAACAAGAAAUAAGAUUGGCUGGCCUUAUGAUGAGCUAUCAAAGUCUGCUGAUAUUUAUCUGAAAUAUUGUGAUAUUGCCUAACAUAGAUCUGUUCUUUAAUAUAUAUCAUAUCCUGGUUUAUUCCUUAUAGAUGUUGUUUAUUCUUGUGUACUGAUUACCAGUUUAUAGUUUCCGGCGAUAUGAAAUGGCCAUGUGGCAUUAAUCUGAAAGUGGAAGAUUUGUGUGGUUUUAACAGAAAACAAAUAUCAUUGUUAACAGGCAAACUGCAGAUUACUUUACAUAAAAACCUGUUAACAUGCCACUAUUAUACUGAGAAUUACACACGCACCUUCCCCAACCCCCCUCCAUUUGAUGCUCAGCGCACACAACCAAGUGAGUGAACAAAGAUAUCAUUUAAAACAAAGAACCAAAACAUUCAUGUAUUUUGUGCUUUUGCAGUACAUCAAAAACAUUGUUAUUGGCUUCAUCAAACUAAGCAUGAUAAAAUGACAAGUCUUGCAAAAUAUUAUAUGUUCUCAAGAGUAAUAUUUCCAUAACAAUGUUAUGUUGUAAAAACUUGUAUCAUUGACCCUUGAAUAUUAAAACAUCAACACUGUAAUGGUAUAUGGUCACUAGCAUGCAGCAGGUCCAGAACAUCAGUCUGAUGUGCAUUGACAGUGAUUUUUUCACAUUUGAUUGCUUCCACUCAACUGUGGACCACUUCCAAAUUACAGGACAUGUUGUUGGUGGGUUGUAUGAAAAUGCUUUCACUUCCUGGUAGUGUUGAUCUUGUCACCGUUCUGUUUCGACAACAUGUUGUCCACUUUCAGUUUUUAUUGCAAAUUAUCUUUUUUACUGUCAGUUUGAUGAAUGAAUCUGAACAGAAUCUCCACAUCAUUCUGCAUGCAGAUAUCUAGGGCAUGGUAAUGAUACAUAUUGAUGAAUAAAUUGUUGAUUAUG